GCAUGUGUGUGUGUGCGUGCAGGGUAAAGAGAGUGAGCGGGAGAACGAGAACGAGAGCGAAGGGAAAAGGAACUGUAAGCCAGUCACAGCAUCUCUUUCCCACUGCACCAGUUGGUGAGGGACAGCUCCUCUCUCCAAAAGGUUCCUAUUUAUUUAUUUCGUGCUUCACUCCAGGACUGCUUUGCUGAAUGAAAUUGUAUUUCUGUCUCUUCGGUUAUUCGUUUGGCGAAAGCUGAGUUCGGCUGGGGGAAUGGAAAUUAGAGGAGACUCACACAGAGGACAGCAUUGAAACUGGAACUCUCUGUACUGGCGGAGUCGUUUCUCUUUUGCUGUGGCUUGGUUUUUGUAACAAGGAGCAGACGUACUGAGUGGAAGAAAGAGUCAAAAGUCCAGACAGCUGUGCCUCCCCUGAAAAACACCUCCAAAAAACGUAUUUGAAUGGAACGGGCAUGUAUAUGUACUAAUAAUAUCAAUAAUGGAAACAUGCGCUUAAGAGGCGAGGCUGACGUAAAGAGCUUUCACCCUAGGCUGUAAACAAGCGGAAUGCAGAUUGAUCCCACAUCCAUCUCACCCGGCGCCCUGAACAGAAUUUCUAAGGAGACACAGUCCGAGGAGCUCUGAGACACCCAGAUGUCUUCUACCGGCUCCAGUAUCUAUUGAUCCGAUUGUGUGAGACUCCUGACAACUCCUACAUUCUUUGCCUGAAAGAUCCUCUUUUGCAACCAGAUUUUGCCUCUCAUAACCUGGAGAACGAAAGUUUCAGAAAAGUGCGUGGAUUGGGAUUCCAGAGACCAAAGACAGAUUUGUGGCUACACACACACAUAACAGGAUCCAGAUUAUUCUGCGCCUCCUUUGGCUUCUCUCUGAUUGGGGAACAUUGUAAAACAUAAUUCCCCCGGCGCUCUGUGGAAUGAGAGCUGUGAUAUUAACCACCGCAGAGAGCCCUGUGUUUGUCUAGCGUGUCUGUGUUUUGAUUCGGACAAUAGCGGGGCGUACAUGGGGUCCAGACACUGACCACGGGACCACUCACUACCCCAAAAUAAGAGGAUGUGCAUACUACAAGACUGAGAAACAAUUGCGGCUUGUCUAACAGCAUUUUGGAACUUUAGAGAGGACUUGAGGUAUGAACCAAACACAAUGGCUAACGGGGAUGUAAUUACUCGUAUGAAUUUGGGGUUUUCCCAGUGGAUCUUUCUCUGACAGUAAACAAGCUAUCUGAAAGUCGAAAUUAUACCGACACGCUAAAUGUUUUAAUACUAUUUUCUCUUAUCUAUAGUCUCAAAAUAGGAGUCACAUGCUCCCUGUCUUAUUUAAUCUGCAGUAGGAUCUGCACCAGAGCGCCCUGCCUGCCUGCCUCAUGUUUCUCCCCCACAUGCCGACUACCCUGCACCUCCUGUGCUUUUUGCUCUUGUGAGGACAACACCUGCUCUCCAUCCCCAGUCUCCCAGUGGCAGCCCUCUUAUGAAUCAGGAGAUGUGGCCGCAGACUGUUAGGGAGAGCAAUGGGGAUCCCUGCCGCCGGGAUAAAUGCCUGGCAUAGCACCGGUAGACCUUUUUCUGUUUUUGGAGGGAAUAUCUUUCUUCUUUCGACAAUUACCCCACUGCCUCUAAGCAUGACUGAUCGAAAAAGUAGAGCCAAGUCGGCAGUCCUGCUUUCCUAUGGGCUGUAUUGAUUUUCGUCAGUCAGUGUUCAUUUGAUUGAGACCCAGCUAUGUGAGAGCCGAGGUGAAAGAGCGAGAGAGGCUAGAACUCCCAUUUGCUGAGGGAGGCUACAGGCAGACAGGUCUUCAGUUACAGUCCAUCUGCAUCGUGGUUGGCACAGCACAAACCUGACCCACCUGGACCGCGCCCAGAACAAUGAACCAGUCAGCAUUGAUGACAGACCUGGUUCCCACUGCCAACAGCAGCCUGGUGGGCCCAGACCCCAACCACUCCUGUCCCCUGGGCUGGGGCCAGAACGAGGGCCUGGAGGCCUGUGUCUUGGAGACUGCGGUCAUCGUUCUGCUCACGGUGCUCAUCAUUGCCGGGAACCUGACGGUGAUCUUCGUGUUCCACUGCGCCCCCCUGCUACACCACUAUACCACCAGCUACUUCAUCCAGACUAUGGCCUACGCCGACCUGCUGGUUGGCCUCAGCUGCCUGGUGCCCACCCUGUCCCUGCUGCACUACCCGGCCAGCGUCCAGGAGCCCAUCACCUGCCAGGUCUUCAGCUACGUCAUCUCGGUGCUCAAGAGCGUCUCAAUGGCCUGUCUGGCCUGCAUCAGCGUGGAUCGCUACCUGGCCAUCACCAAACCCCUGUCCUACAACCAGCUGGUGACGCCGUGCCGGCUCCGCGGUUGCAUCGCCCUCAUCUGGGUCUACUCCAGCCUGGUCUUUCUGCCCUCUUUCUUUGGCUGGGGCAAGCCGGGUUACCACGGGGACAUCUUUGAGUGGUGCGCCCACUCCUGGCCCACCUCGGCGCUCUUCACAGGCUUUGUGGUAUGCCUACUGUACGCGCCCGCGGCCCUGGUAGUCUGCUUCACCUACUUCCACAUCUUCCGCAUCUGCCAGCAGCACAACCGGGAGAUCAGUGAGAGGCGAGCACGCUUCCCCAGCCAGGAGAUGGAGGCUGGGGAGGGUGGUGGCAGUGGCAGCGGCGGGGGGCACCACGCGGGUCAAGGGCCUGACAGGCGCUACGCCAUGGUGCUAUUCCGCAUCACCAGCGUCUUCUACAUGCUUUGGCUGCCCUACAUAAUCUAUUUCCUGUUGGAGAGCUCCCACGUGCUGGACAGUCCCGCCCUGUCCUUUGUAACAACCUGGUUGGCCAUCAGCAACAGCUUCUGCAACUGCGUCAUCUACAGCCUGUCCAACAGUGUGUUCCGCCUGGGCAUGCGCCGCCUCUCGCAGACACUCUGCUCCUUCAGCCACUGUGCAGCCGACGACAGGGACUUUGGCGAACCCAAGCCCAGGAAGAGGCCAAAGUCCUGCUCCAUCUGAGGCGUUGGAGGAUAUUGUUAGAAAAGCAGCGAAUUUCAAAGGUUACAUCUUUACAAAGCUGCUGAACAUUUAUUUGACAGGGCUGUCCCAGAGAGAAUUUAGGCUCAGACGGUUUGUUUUGAAGGAUACCAAUGACUUUUGCCACAGUCAUGCCAAGCCAUGAUUUACAGGCAAACGUUAGAUUGCUGAGAGAGGCUACGUUGUUUUAAAGGUUUACUUUCUGAACAACUAAAUGGAUGAGAGAUUGGUACUACAUUUUGGCUUUAAACCUGUGUAGUGGAGUUUAGCUGGUAACCUACUGUAUGUGCAUUCUUAUGUAAAACCUAAUUUGACCAUGGUUCUCAGGCUUUGAUGUUACAUUUUUUUGUUCCUCGACAGUCGGGUAAAAGUGCUUAUAAAAAUACAAAGUUAGAGGUCCUCAAAAUGGAUAAGCACUUUCCUCAAACAUUGAUGGGUGACCUCAUGAUUUAAGCAUCUCUGAUUUCAAGGUAAUGUGGACUAAAGUGUAUUGAAUUUAAAUACCAAUAUUGGACUGCUACUAUAGGUCUGUGUUCUUGGUGGGCACUCAAAGGCUGAAUUAGCAUAGACAACAUGAACAUGUGAUCCUCAUUUGCAUUACACUCCCUUUUUAGGAGUUGACAUGGGGUAUGUGUGUGCAAAUGGCUGACUAUUCACUUACUGUACAUGCUCCUGGACAAUGGUGUAAAUAACAGCAGAUGGGCUAGUGGCCUUGACCUGUUAUGACAAACAAAAGUUUUGCGGUGUUUGCAGGUCUGUUAGCAAGCAGUCCGAGUGUUCAAAGACUUUCGGUCAGUCCUAAACAGAGAGAUGGGGCACUCAAUUUGAUGAGUUACUCAAUCUCCUAAAAAAAUAUAUUUAAAAAAAACACACACACUAAUGAUUUAGUUUUAUUAGAUAUUUCUAUAUUUUCACGUGUACUAUUUCUUUAAAAAAAAAUCUUUGUCAAUGCUUCCUAUACAGUAGCUGUUUAGGAAGCAGAUCAAGGGAUUGGUUCUGUCCACUAAUGCAUACAUCUCUCUCUUAGUCUUUGGUUGAGUUCAGAAAAAUCUGCUUCACUCUACUUAAAGAUCAGCGUCAUAUGUAUGACUCUGUUCCCUCUGCUUUUCCACGUUAAGUGCAGAGACUGUUCCCUUUUUAGGGCCUUAUUGUACAAAAUACAGUGGGCAUGUGCAGUAAAUGCACCAUGAAGACUGCCUUUAGUUAUGUAUUAUACUGUUUGAUACAGCGCAGGUGAAGUCAUUCCAAGUUUUUCUUGUACAUUCCCAGAAUGGUCCGUUUUUUUUAUAGAUAAUGUAGAAAAAUACAUAAAGUGCACAUUUUCAGUGAUACCCAAGACUAUUGUGAAAUCCCUCUCUACUCUUAUGGUGUAGGCCAUUUGAAGUUAGACCUGUGUUGUCAGUGUGUAUUUGACCGUGUGGGAAAAACAAGCAACACGGCUAACUGAACCCUCGAUAUCAUGACUGUUUUUUUGUUGUUCAACAUUAUGCUACUUAACCUGUGUAGUCAUUCCCCGCUUUCCAUUACAGAUUGUUCUGUAUAUGUGCCUAAAGAUAUAUUUUUCUGGAAAAGAUAUCACAGAGAUUUACUUUCUGUUCAUCUAUACACAGGGACACAGUUCUGGCUGCAUGCCAUUUUCGUUUUGUAACGUGACCUUCAUUUGACUUGACUGAAGAUCCAUCAUGCUUACAUUUGCCGAUACAGUAGGACCAUCUCGUUUCAGCACUUUUCAUGAGCUUAUGAUGAGGUCAGAAGCUUUAAUAUUUGUAGCGCAAUUCAUUAUCAUUUUAGGGGGCAUAUAUAAUCAUAGGGGUUCUGAAUUCUGCCUCAAAAGACUUUAAAAAAAUAAAAAAAACUUACCCACCCCAAUGGUUGCUUGAUGUCUGAGAUGACAUCUUCACAUUACUGUAUUUGAUUUAUUUUAUCUUGUGUGAGGUGCAUUUUUCUUAUUUUUUAUCAAAUGGACCAUAUACAGUGGGGUCUGAAAGUAUUGCCACCCUUGAUAAAGAUGAGCAAAAAAUGACUAUAGAAGGAAUAAUUCAAAUACUGAGCUAUAUUGGAUGCAACAAUGGGGAAAAUAUAUUAUUUUCUAACACUGAGAUGUCCAUUACAAAAAGUUGAUUUAGUGGCAAAUUAUUUAUUUUUGGGGGGAUUUUGAUGUGUGCUUGGGGUUAUUGUGUUGAUGGAAGAUCCGUUUGCGGCCAAGUUUCAGCCUCCUGGCAGAGGCAAUUAGGUUUUUUGCCAAAAUGUCCUGGUGCCGGAUAAAGUUCAUGAUGAUUUUGACCUUAACAAGGGCCCCAGGACCAGUGAAAACAAAAUAGACCCAUAACAUCAAAUAUCCACCACCUUAUUUUACAGUAGGUAGUGCUGAGUGAUUAGUGCUUUUUGAGGUCGGUUGUGUUCCAAUUAUUUUAAAAAGUCAUCACAGUUUUCAAAUAUUUUUUUUAGACAAAUGCGCAAUGCAUUGUGGGUUGAAUGACGUAACAAAGCAGAAUAAAACAAAAAGUCCCAUGAUGGUAGUGACUGCCCGUUACUGCUUAUCACUUAUUAACCAUUUUAUUCAAAUUCCUUUAAUAAAAUAUUUCAGUUGUGUAUAUUACAUUUGUUUUAUUUGUUGACUUUAUUAUUUCAUUCCAAGUCAUCAUCUCAUCUCUAUAGAGCUGCUGCCUGACAAAUCACUAUUUUAGUAGUAAUUCAAAUUAAACAAGGCAUACUUUUUUAUGAAUGCUGAAUACCAACUAUCAAUCACUUAAGAUCAUGUAUUUUCAGGUAGAGAUACAUGCAUCUUUCCCUCUUGAUCGCACGUUCUGUGUUCACCCCAUCUCCGUGUCUGCUCCACAUAGACCGGACAAAUAGGCACGCACGGAAUUGAUUAUGGUCAUUGUAGUUAAUUACCAAGUUUAAACUAUGUAGAAUAUUUGCCUGUUUUGAACAAAAUGGAAUUCAAAUAAUUGAACCGACGUUGGUCAAUUAGUUGUUUAGGAAACGAAAAAGAAUCAACAUUUUGGUUUAUCACGCAGCAUAUUAUUUAUAGGGUUCUUUUCUGCUUAUGCAUUCUCAUUUCGACAACAAACCCACCAAUGGUGUCCGAGGUCAAAGAGCAAUGUUUUCAUCUGACCAAAGCACUGGUUCCAAUCCAACUGCCAAUACCAUUUAGCAAACUCCAGGUGUUUUACAUUUGUUGGAGGACAUGAAAAUGGAGCUCUUUAGCCACACACACCAGUGGUGGGUUUGGCGUCUAAAUGAGAAUGCCUAAGCAGAAAAUAACCUCAUACCUACUGUAAAAUAUGGGGGUGGAUCUUUGAUGUUAUUAGGUUAUUUUGCUUCCAGUGGUCCUGGGGCCCUUGUUAAGGUCAAAGACCGGAGCCAGACAUUUGACAGCAAAUGGAUCUUCCAGCAAGAAAAUAACCACAGGCACACAUCAAAAACCACAAAGAAAUGUUUAAUUGGCCUCAAAAUCAACAUUUUGCAAUGGCCACAUGGAACGACAGACUUCUUAUGGAAGUUUGUUCUGAAGUGUCUGUCCUAUAUCUGAUAUGUUAUAUAUAUAUAUAUAUAAAUUACCUUUAUUUAACGAGGCAAGUCAGUUAAGAACAAAUUCUUAUUUACAAUGACGGCCUAGGAACAGUGGGUUAACUGCCUUGUUUCAGGGGCAGAACGACAGACUUUUACCUUUUCAGCUCGAGGAUCCGUUCUAGCAACCGUUCGGUUACUGGAACGACGCUCUAACCACCAGGCUACCUACUGCCCCAAAAUAUAUAAGAAAGAUCAGGAAAUGUAUUUAACCCCUUAUUUCUGUCACUAAACAGUCUCCAUAUAUGCUUCCAAAAAAAAACUAUUCUGCAGUACCGGGUGACUUUCAUACGAGUCUUGUGAGGCCUAGAGCAAAACCGACAUGUAAGUGUUCAUGAGAGACCUUUCCACGGUUGUAGCCCAAACUGUUCAGAUGCUACAGACAGAAGUUGGCAGGUUGGCUGUACCGACUUCAGACGAGUCCCAAGUCGCUUGUGGGGGUCGUAAACGGAGAACACCGUUGUAUUCAUGAGACUCAUAUUUCCAUAGAGGGGUCAUAAUAGUUGUUAGGCCAAACCGUUUUGUGAGAAGACUGAUUUUCGGGAUGUCUCAUGGUCUGACAAACACUGCUCUAGCUGUCACCGCAGAUGCGGAAGUGCAACGUAGGCGGUUGCGGUGGAUUGAGAUGCAUCCAAUGCAACAAAAGAAUAUAUAUGAUGGAUUUUUAUGGGGAUUUUUGUAUUAUACUAAUUAGAUUUACGUGGGGGGUGCGGAUUUAAGGGGUUAAGAAAUCUACCGUCAUAGAGCUGGGACGAUAAACAGAAAAUCACCUACAUUGCCUUCCUCUUACCGAAGCAUUUUACCUACGUUGGUGAUUUUCGGUGAUUUUUGCCACACAACGUUCCUGUAGAUUGUUCUUAAACCAUUCUUUUUUUUUCAACAGUAGUAGCCUAUGCAUUAUGUUGAUUCCUGCAACGAAAGUACAGUAUCUAGUUAUCCCGGUUUUGCUGCCGGCUGCUCUCGUUCCCUCUUCGCGCUGUGUGCACGGAGGAGGCAGAGAUGCAUUCUGAGAAGCACAAACAUUAUGACCGUUGCUCAAAGUGUUGUUCUAGUUACCGAGAGGAGAGUUGCAGCUUUCUGUGAGUCGAUAUAAUGUAUUUCUCACCUCCUAAUAUCGAGUUCACGGCACCACUUUACAACCGGAGUGGGGUGUAGUUAAUAUGAUUUGAACGCACCCGGGUAGCAGAGCCGAGCGGAGCGUGUCAUUUACAGCAAAUAGGCCUACGUCAAUUAGCCUAGGCCUAGCACUGGAAAGUUUGUGUAGAACAUUAGCCUACAUUAACUGAUAGAUUAAUCAAUUAGCCAUGUAGGCUAAUUGAUUAAUCUAUCUAGCAACAAUAUCAUAGUUAGAGUUCGCAAUCUAGCUAAGUGUUUUGAGUUCCCCCUUCCUCAGGUGGCCAAUAUGCACAAAGAUGCUGGAAAAAUCCUCUGAAAAGCAAAACAAAACAAGAAAUCUCAUUUUGGAUCCUAUUUUGACAGGUUGAACAUCAAAAUGUCAAUCAUGCAAGUCAUGGAUAUGUUAGAUGACUGUACCGUAGCUUUUGAAUCAUAGGCUAUCAUCUCAGUUAUCUUUCCUGGCCUGCUGCUAAUGUAAAGUAACUGGCCAUUGGAAAAAAAAUAUAUAUUUGAUGUAUUUGUUAUUGAGCAAAAUAGUUACAUAUAUCACAAUAUUACUUUUCGUCCAUAUCGCCCAGCUGUAGUACCUCCCCCCAAAAUAAUUUUGCGUAAUUUAUCUCUGAUUUUGUUAUUGCAAAAAAAAUGUAUAUAUUUAUCGUGAUUAUGUAUGUUUUUCCAUAUCUCCCAGCUCUAAAUCAUGCCAUUUAAGGAAUUAACACCCAAAUUGUUAUUUUAGUUGACUUGGAUUCUCUCUAGAAUUACGCCCAGAUGACUUUGUCUUCACACUAAAGCAAAUCACUUGUGGUCAAGAGAAUACAACAAACAUUGUGAGAUCUUUUGUGAUAUAUGGUAAAUCAAUAUUGUUGACAAGCUAAAUUAUAUCUAGGUAUUGCUUUACAGUAAAUCUUGUGCUGAUGGUUUCGUGAGAAUUAAUUGAUUCCACACCACAGUAACACUAGUGGAAUGUAGUUUCAUUCUAACAAGCAAGUUAUUGUACUUAUUGAUAAUGUACCACUUUAACUUGACUUUUUGUAUUUAGAAAACAGUUUGUGGUUACUGUUAUACAAUUAUAUUGACACUGCAAAUAAGUGUUUCCCAAUUAAUUGAGUUUUCAUGAAGUAAGUGUUACCCAAUUAAUUCAGUUUCUUUUCUGCCAGUAGUUUUUUUUUAUACCCAUGAGCCACUGAAUAGGCUAUUCACCUUUCCAUGUGUAUUGUAAUGACCAAACUAGUUUUGAAUUUCUUUCUGAUGUGAAGGAAAUACAAAAAAAACUGUCCGAAAAAAACUGAUUUAAAGUGCAUUCCUUAGCGUGUUGUAUCUUAAAGAUUUGAUUAAUACAGUACAAAGUCUUAUUUAUUUUAUCAUUUCAAAAUGGAUACGCUACUUGUUAAAUAAGAGUAUGUAUAGUGUGUCUGUCGGUUUUAUCCUGCUGUACAUAUGUGUUCAGGCAACAAACAAAAAACCACAAAACAAAUCUUAUGACAAAAUCUCGACCAGUGAUGACUCAUACCUUUGUGUUAAUUCAACUAGGCUGCUGUAGCUAUAUGAAGUAAGAUGUUUUUGAUUAGACGACAAAUCGAGAAAUUACACAGUAUCUAUUUUUUUAUUUCUGAGAUUUUGUCAAAGGCUGUGGUUUUGCUGUUGAUGCCAAUCCAAUAAAACUGAAAAAUAAUGGGAUAAAUAAAAUCCAGAAAUAUUGCCUCUUUGAA